AUCGCCUUUCAGCAUUUCCAAGAGUUGGAUGAACAUAUCAGCUAUGUAGCAACAAAGGUUUGUCACCUUGGAGACCAAUUGGAAGGAGUAAAUACGCCAAGGCAACGGGCUGUAGAGGCACAGAAACUGAUGAAAUACUUUAAUGAGUUUCUGGAUGGAGAACUGAAGUCAGACGUUUUCACAAAUCCAGAAAAGAUUAAAGAAGCAGCUGAUAUCAUUCAGAAGUUGCACCUCAUUGCUCAAGAACUGCCCUUUGACAGGUUUGCAGAAGUGAAGUCAAAAAUUGCAAGUAAAUAUCAUGACUUGGAAUGCCAGCUGAUUCAGGAAUUUACAAAUGCACAGAAAAGAGGUGAAAUUUCCAGGAUGCAUGAGGUUGCAGCAGUUUUACUCCAUUUUAAGGUAUUAAUUUUUAUCUGUGUCCAACUAAACCUUUGUUCUAUGGAGCAGAAAGUUGAAACUUCUCUUUAA